GUCGAUAGCAAGGUGUGUAGGUACAAUUUGGGCGCUACGCACUUUAUCUAUGCCUCAGUGCUUCGCUUACAACUUAUAUAUUGGACAUCCCCGACGCAAUGUUGGUUCAGUUUCGGAAGUGCUGUCAAACAUCGUAAGGCUCUCACCAUCACCAUGGAGCCCAUCACCCUAGUGCUGACCGGGUUUAUAUUCAUUGUGUCGAUCGUGUACCUGUUUGUGCGCAGCAAGCACAACUUUUGGAAGGACCAGGGCGUACCGUACGCACCGAAUCCACACUUUUUCUAUGGACACGUGAAGGGACAGUCGCGCACGAGACAUGGUGCCGACAUUAACCAGGAGCUGUACAAACACUUCAAGCAACGCGGUGUACCGUACGGUGGUAUAAGCCUCUUCAUAAUGCCUUCCCUGAUUGUGGUCGACCCAGAGCUGGUGAAGACGAUCCUGGUGAAGGACUUUAACGUGUUUCACGAUCGUGGUGUGUUUUCCAACCCAAAGGAUGAUCCUUUCACUGGCAAUUUGUUCGGUCUGGAGGGUAAUCCAUGGCGUUUGUUGCGUCAGAAGCUUACGCCCACCUUUACGUCCGGCCGGAUGAAGCAAAUGUUCGGCACGAUAUGGGAGGUGGCGCUCGAGUUGGAAAAGUAUAUGGAGGAAAACUACAACCAGCCAGAGAUUGAGAUGAAGGAUGUGUUGGGUCGGUUUACGACCGACGUGAUCGGUACGUGUGCGUUCGGGAUUGAGUGUAAUACGCUCAAGACACCCGACUCCGAGUUUCGCAAGUACGGCAACAAAGCGUUCGAGUUGGAUCCCGUCACGUUGACGAAGUUUUUCUUCGCCUCCUCGUACCCGCACCUGGCGAGAAAGCUGCACGUUCGCACCACGCAGCAAGAUGUGGAAGACUUUUUCAUGAAGAUUGUGCGCGAAACGGUGGACUACCGGGAGUCGAACAAUGUGCAGCGUAAUGACUUUAUGAACCUGCUGCUGCAGAUCAAGAAUAAGGGUAAGCUGGACGAUCAAGGUACGAUCGUGGGCAAGGGUGAAGUUGGCCUAACGCACAACGAGUUGGCAGCGCAAGUGCUUAUCUUCUUCCUGGCCGGCUUCGAAACUUCCUCCACAACGUUGAGCUUCUGUCUGUACGAGCUGGCAAAGAACCCGGACAUACAGGACCGGCUUCGUGACGAGAUCACCGGUGCAAUAGAUGAUAAUGGUGGUGAGGUGACGUACGACGUCGCCAUGAACAUACAGUAUUUGGAUAACGUAAUCAACGAAACACUCCGCAAGUAUCCACCGGUUGAGACGCUCACACGCAAACCAUCGCAGGAUUAUGUUAUUCCCGGCACCAAACAUGUCAUACCGGAAGGAACGAUUGUGCAGAUCCCGAUUUACGCUAUCCAGCGUGAUCCCGAUCACUUCCCCGAUCCGGAACGGUUCGAUCCGGAUCGCUUUGCACCGGAGGAGGUGAAGAAGCGCCAUCCGUACGUGUUUGUGCCCUUUGGCGAAGGGCCACGCAUCUGUAUUGGUUUACGGUUUGGGGUGAUGCAGACCAAGGUAGGCUUGAUAAAUUUGUUGCUCAAAUUCCGCUUCUCGCCGUCUGCCCGUACGCCCGACCGGGUCGCGUUCGAUCCGAAAAUGUUCACACUGUCCCCGAUAGGUGGUAACUAUCUGAAGGUUGAAAAGGUCGUGUAGUGCUAUUGCAGGGGGAUAAUAUUAAUGUUUUAAUGGUAAAAAUAAACUAUGGAAAAUUAAGUGAGUAGUUUUGGUGCUGCUGCAUUUGACAGCUUUCGAUCUAACGGCUUUCCAUAACAAAUUUAAAUUUUUUGGAGGUUUCCUCAGAAAAAAUACGACUCCCUUCUUGACGUACUGAGGAAAACUCGACCUAUUAAGUCAAUGCGUGAAACACAAGAGAGAAAGAUUGAGUUUACAGCCAGAGAGAGAGGGAGAGAGAGAGAGAGAUAAAGAUAGAGCCUAAGGCAGAGCAAUUUUGCAAUUCGGUUCAUUCAUGCAUGAUACCGACGAAUUUAGGUUCGAAACCCGAAUCGAGUACUUCCUUAUUCUAUGCCUUACGAAUCGAACUAUGAACUUUUAAGCUAUAAGCUGGCAAAAAAUUGGUUUGAUUUGAAUAUUUCUGUAAUUUUUAAUGAGAAUAAAAUAUGACUUCACAUGUUUUUUGUGUACUUAAAAACGUCUAUCGAAUGCAAUACCAUAAAGAAUUUGCAGAAUAAUAAUGCGAAACACAUUUUCACUGUUCACUUAAUAGUACAAAUAAAGCUCCUUUUCAAACGA